GGCAAAUAUGCCGAAAUAUUAUUGCGAUUAUUGUGACACAUAUUUGACCCACGACUCACCGUCGGUACGUAAAACCCAUUGUACGGGUCGUAAACAUCGUGACAAUGUGAAAUUCUACUAUCAAAAAUGGAUGGAAGAGGAGGCACAACAUUUAAUCGAUGCCACCACUGCGGCGUUUAAAGCUGGUAAAAUCACACAAAAUCCAUUUGCUGGUGGUCCACCAAAGCCUGGUCCAGCGGGUGUCGCCUUGCCGCCACCACCUAAUCUAGGCGGACCACCAAGACCAGGUAUGAUGCCACCAGGUAUGCCACCACCAAUGAUGAUGGGUCCCCAUGGUGCGAUACCGCCGGCAAUGUUGGGUAUGCGUCCACCACCGAUGAUGGGUCCCAUGAUGGGACCACCACCACCAUUGGGAGCUAUGCCGGGUGUGCGGCCGCCAAUGAUGAUGAGUGUGCCACCACCGAAAUAACAAAAUGACGAC